GCCAAACUCGAGCCAAUAUGAACCUUUCCUCUCUUCAGCAGACCACACCCACAUCCCCUUUCCACACAUCUUCCAACUUUCGCCGAUCUCAACCUUAGCUUGCGGGUCGAACCGUGCACUGCCCCUUUUUUUUAUCAGCGUCCUCGACGAGUGCGCACCAACCGCGUUUCUCGCUUAUACUCCCAAAUUACUCGCUCUUAGCUUGAACUAUGGCCCCUCGCACAGAGUCGAAGACCGCGGCUGAGAAGCCCGCAAAAAAGACCAAGUCAUCUGGCGGUGGAAGGAAGAAACUCAGCGCAUUCAAUAAAUUCAUGCAAACUGAGAUGGCCCGUUUGAAGGAGGAGGAACCCGAUAUGUCUCACCAAGACAGAUUCAAAUUAGCAACGUCUAACUGGAAGACAGCUAAAGAGAACCCUAGGGCUGCUGCCUGAAUUUUAUAUCACCUCAUCGCUAUGAUCGAUUACCGCUUUGCGCUCUCGUUCCUUUGCCGCCUGUUAGUUUAGCUCGCUUCUGUCAUGCUAUAUCCACAAAUUGACUGUUAAGUUGCGCAUUCCUUGCCGAGUAUUAUUCAUAUCGCCUAUCGUUCUUUCUGUAGUGCUCUUUCCGCAAUAUUUCUGUUUCGGGUUUUGCUGUCCAUGGCGUCUGCUUAGUGUUGCUACUAAUUUCAUCGUAUUCACGCUGCUAGUUGACUUUUGCAUUGCAAUCAUUUUGUUGCUGUCUUGCGUCCUGCGUCGAGUGCUUAUGUCCGCUGCAAUAAUUAUGUUACCAAGGAGUAACAGCUGGAG